CUUUCCAUUCCUCUCCAGGCUUCGGUUCCCAAGUUUGAAAAGAUCCCCUGGCUGUGUGAGGCCAGCCUCCGGAACAAGCCCCUCGUGCUCAGCCUCCCCAGAAGAUUCCCUCAUGCCUCCUCCACUUCUCCGAAUUCAUGGAGGAAGGAUGUGAAUUUGCCAAAUACAUCUCAAGUUCCAAACGGCUUAUCUAAGGCCAGGAGGAGCCACAGCGGCCCUGUGCUGGGCAGGAGCUGGCAGCUGUGCUCCACAUGCCAGGAGGUGGAAACGGUGCAACCAAGAACUGUGAUGAUCCCAGAUGAUCUGAAACAUUCCUUUGAGAAUUGUCUGAGUGAUAGAAUGAAGAGUCUUCAGUCACCAAAAGCUCACACUGGACCCAGGUGUUCCCCUGAUGACAUCUCAACAGAGAGCAUUCACUACAGACUGCCCCUCCUGGGCCCCCGGACAGGGGCCUUCCACAAACUGUUGUUGUCAGACUCCUACAAGGCUCUGCAGGGGAUACAGCUUUCUUCCUCGCCCAGAAAGGAGCCCAUGGGCAAGACAAUGAGGCAGUGAGUGACCGGUGCUCAACAUUUUCCUCUCUGGAGAGAAAACAGCCUCACCAAGCCGAUCUCUCCUCAUCUCCUGUCACGAAAACAGUGCGUCAAGUUUGCCUCCCUAAGAGUGGCUGGAACCCUCUCCUACCAUCGUCUCCUAAAGAUGAUGGGUUUAUUUACACAAUUAUAAAGAUUUAUUGAUUAAAAUGGAA